CUGCUGCCCCUGCCCCUGCCCCUCCUGCUCCGCUCCGCCGGGCAAGGUUCGGCCGCUCGGCGCCGGGGGCAGCCCGGGGGCGGUGACGGCCCCCCCUGCAGCCGCGGGCCCCGCCGGGCUCGCUCACAGCCGCGGUCAGGCCUUGCGGGCGGCACGGCCUGGCCCUGCUGCUGCCGCUGCCGCUGAGUAACAGCUGCCUUUCCCCUCUCCCGUCUGCAAGAAGGUGAUGAUGGCCUUGGGGACGCUCUUGAGGAAGCCGCCGCUGCCGCCGGGCAGUUGUAGAGCCUUCUGGGGAUGGCUGAAUGCCGUGUUCAACAAGUAAGAGCGGGCUCUGGGCGCUCUCUGUGUCCUGCAGGGUGGACCACGAGCGCAUCCGAGCCGUGGGUCCCGACCGGGCGGCCUCGGAGUGGCUGCUGCGCUGCGGGGCCCUGGUCAGGUACCAGGGCUCGCCCAAGUGGCAGCAGGACUACAACGGGCUCCCCACGGGUCCCCUGGGCAAGUACAGGAUCGAAGCCAUCAACGCCACCGACUCCUGCAUCAUGUACCGAGGAUUUGACUACCUGGAUGGCCUGGAGCACGUCACAGACAUCAAGCUGGAGAAGUGCAUGUACAUCCAGGACCAGUGUCUGCAGCGGCUCAGCGAGACCAGCAACCUCCAGAAGAGUCUGCAGCAGCUGAAGAUCAUUUCCUGUGGCAACGUCACAGACAAAGGCAUCCUUGCACUCCACAAGCUGACGAACCUGGAAUAUUUGUAUCUGAGUGACCUUCCUGGGAUCAGAGAGAAAGAAACAACCUUCCGUGUCCUUCAGGAGGCACUGCCCAAGCUGGAGCUGGAGCUGGAUUUGGAAUAAACGCAGCAGCACGUAACUGAGAUGUGAUUUCCUAGGAUUUCUCUUACGUUGCCUCCAUGAAGUUGUAGACACCACUGUGUUUGCAGUAAGCCCAGCUCUCCCAGUCCAGCCUCAGAGGUGUGUGUGACCUUUUAAGAAAUCAUGCAAUUAAUUUUUAUUAAGCUUAAACUCAGUGGUGGAUCAAGAACAGCCAGGGCAGGCCUCUGCACGCAGGGAUCUGUUUCCUGUUUUUCUAGGAAGCUCGGAAUCCCUCGGUCAGAAGUUCUCAGUGUUUUAUUGCACAGCAGCAGAGUGCACAGUGGCACUGGGGGGAUGUCGGGGCGCGUGCGGUCAGUGCCUGGUGUUGGUGCUGUUCCCUCCGGGAGAAUCUCACCCAGUAGGUGGGUGCUGAUUUAAUAAAAAAGGUUCUGGGUCUUU